AUGAAGCUAUCUACACUCAAUGUUCUCUUUGCGGUUCUCCUGGGCAUAUUUGCCGUCGAGGCGGGUUACCAGCCUCCCAACACUUGCCCUCUUCAGUCAACUCGCCCUGCUCAGUCAAUUGGCCUCUUCUCUGCCAAUGGAUGCCCCAACCUCUUCGCUGGUGCCGACAAGUGCCCUAUUGAGGGUAUUGACCUCUGCCAUCCCUUGCCUGAUUCGACUCUUUCUCGUGUUCCUCGCCCUUCGCCAGCAUCUACUUCUCCUGAACCUGAGAGCACCGACCCCCUUGAAAUUGAAAACCCUGGAACUGAGGCCUUAAUUGGCAAGCUUAUCGACAUUGCGGCUCGCCUGGAACCCCAGUUCGAACGCCUUUUGAAGAUCCAAGAAGGGAUCCGACUCUUUUCCAGACCUGCUUUUCCCCAUGCCGGUUUCGUGCUCAGCCUUAUCACGAUCAUCAAUUUUCCAAAGAAGCGCCUCUUGCUGGCCGGUGAACAACUUUUCAAGUGGUCUGAAGAGGCCCUUGAAGCCUCUCGCAAUUCCCUUCCUGGCUCGACUCAGCAAAAGAAUUGCGCAGGCAGGACUUGGCAGUAUAUUGUGUGGUUUUUUACCUUUUCUAUCUAUUCUAUCGGCUAUUACACUGCGUGGUUUCGGGAGGAUUCCAGCGAUAAGAACCAAGUCAAAGAGUUGACUGAGCAGAACCAGCACCUGGCUACAGAGAAUGAAGUCCUGAAACAUAAUAACGGCUUAUACGUGACUACAAACGACAAGCUGUCGAAGCAGAACCGCGGCCAGGAAACCCACAUCAAGUACCUCAAAGCCCAGCUGAAGGCUAGCAAGGAGGAGGUUGCCCGAUAUGUAAAGGAGCUUGGUGAACUUGAGGUAGAGAGACAUGAUCAGAUGGAGGGUCUCAACAAUGAGAUUCAAUUUCUCAAGGAUAAGGUCCGGGCAGCAGAGAAAGUCGUGGAUGCUAUGGUUAUGGCUGAAGAGGGAAAAUAG